CAUCUUUUCCUUCCUCUCCCACUCUCCCCGUUCCCCCAAAUCUCCAAACCCUAACCCUACCCCUAUCAACCCACAAUUUCUCAUGAAAUUCGCCCACCCUACUUUCCCUCUCCCCUCUGUAGAUUCUUCUCUCCACGAACCCUAGCUUCGAUUCUCUUUUUCCUUUCAAUUGGUGGUAUAUAGAGCCCUCAAGAAGGAAACCCCGUCAUUCGUUCCACCAUGGAAGGCUCUGUGGUGGAGGAUCUUGGCGCGCCGGAGUCGUGGGAGGUCGCCGAUUUGGACGCUUCAAUGAGCCGAUUGAUGCUUUCUUCGAACAAGGAAUCUAAGCCCGAAUUCCCCGAUUCUACUUAUUCAGCUUCGGCUUCGGCUUCUGGGUCGUCGGAUGAGAAGGUGGUUUCGGAGGAUGCCAUCAACCAGGUUGAUCAGUUCCUCCGCGAGGCAAUCCAAAACCCCCGCGAGCGCCUCUCCAUCCUGAGGAUGGAACAAGAUGUUGAAAAUUUUAUCCGAGAUCCUUCACAGCAGCAAUUCGAGUUCCAACAGCUGCCUACAUCAUACUUAAGGUUGGCUGCACAUCGCAUCGCACAGCAUUAUUCAUUGCAGUCGAUGGUUUUAUUAGACAAUAAUUUACCUGAUGGUUCUGGCUCCAGAAUCAUUGUCUGUAAGACUUCUGAAUGUAGGCUUCCCCGUAUCCGCCUGUCAGACAUCCCUGUAAAUUUACCAUCAGAAGACCCUGGUGUUCUUAAGGUGGCUAUUAAACAGAGGCCACAGAAAAGGUCUCAGCUUGUGAACAAUUCAAAUUCAAAUUCUUCGAAGUCAAACAGCUCCAAAAGUGUGGAAGAAAGAAAAGACGAGUAUAACCGAGCUCGAGCAAGGAUAUUUAACUCUAAUAGUUCUAGCAGUGGUCCUAGUGGAAAGCCAGCAAGUGAACCAAGGUUGCAGGAUGUUUCCUACUAUGGUUCCUCAGGGAUGGCAAAUAUGGAAGAGGGAUCUGUCUCAGUGAUUUCUGAUGUAAAUUCUGAUAGUGGUUUGAUUGAUUACUCUUCAAGUAGUAGUAGGUCAGCUAGAAGUAGGACAGAGAAGGAGCCAAUUGGUAGGAGCAAACCACAUAAUAGGGUGGCCAUCUUUCGGGAUCAUGAGACUGAGCGCAAGGACCCUGAUUAUAACAGGAAUUAUGAUAGGUACAUGCAAAGAUUUGAUCCUGGGUUUGGGUUCAAUAGUGGACCAUACACAAUGCAGCCUAUGUACACCCCUGCAAUUAACUACAACACUGAAUUCCCACAACUUGGAUCUACUCAUCGGCCUCAAAUAUCUACCGAACACCAACCUCAUCCUGUCCCACAACAGACACCUGGGCCCUGGGUGCCUCCACCAACUCCUACAGGAAUCAGUUAUGGUCAUCCUGAAACAAUGAUGCCACCUUUUAAUCCAAAUCAUGUUGGUGCACGCUCUACAUCUGCCAUAUAUUUGCAUUCUUCUCAGUAUCCUCUUCAGCGUCCUGGAAUGCCUUUCAUCCACCCUCAUGAGCAUGUUCACCAGCCUUUUUCACAGCCUCGUCAACAUCAGCCUAAUGCUAGUUUUGGAUUAGCCCGGCCCCGGUGAGGGGCUUGGGCCAUGCCUGCACCCUGCCAG